AUGGACACCCCACCUGACGUCGAAUCAGCUUUCCUAAUUUACAAUUUUGAAACUAGUCAAAUACGACAUGCUGAAAAAUCGAACAUCAUAAAACAGUUUAACAAAAAAAUUAAGCGACAUGAACAGAUCCUACUAAACAGCCACUACAAGCAUGUGAAUAAUUUUUCAUACUCUACAGAUAUAUUCCACAAUUUUUAUAAAAUAACAGAAUACUAUUUUUUAAAAUAUGUCAACAGUAUCAUUAUUGAUUCUACCCUACUUUUUAAGUGCGUUCACCAGGUAAAAAAUGGUUCCUCUGGUUUGGCUCAAAAGGAGGAGGAGACGUCACAACGGCGUUUUUGUCCAAUUGAAGAAGCUGAGGGGAGCAACACAGUGGUGGGGAAUUUGGAAAUGAAAAAUGAAGUGGCACCCGACUAUACCUUCGACUGUGUAAUUCUGCGCAAUUUUGUAGAAAAUUUCAAAAGGGCGAACAAUUCAAGUGUGCGAGUUGCCAAAGCGGGCCGAAAGGAAAACAGAACAAGGAGGUCGGAAAAAAAAGACGUUAGUGAGGAUGAAAACGGGGGAAGCAUCAACAACAAUGCAGAAGCCAACCCUAGAGGAGGCACAGAUGAAAUUCAAAACAGCGCAUUUAGAAAGUCGUUCUUGUACGAACUGUGCGAAGUGUACAGCCGCUUCCAUAAUAAGAAAAGCAGAAUGAUAUGUAUUACCAAAAUAUUCCGCAAAAUUUUUAGUAGGAAGCAAAUUAGACAAUUCAUAUGCGAAAAUGGUAAAAGGAAAAAAAAAAAUUACCUACGAUUCUUUCUCAAUUUAUCCUUUGGUAUUUUUAUAUACCUCUACAUGCACAGGUACAUCAAAAAGAACUACAGAAAUGUAGAAUUCUUUAUAUUUUUGAAUACACCCCAAAAUCUUCAAAACAUAUAUGUCAACAUGGUGCCCCACAUGGAAAAGCGACAAAUUUGUAGCUUCGCAAAGUUCGUGAAGUCGCUAAAUAUUAGAAUGUUUCGAUACGUGUACAUAACGUUUUUUGUGAAAAUAUACAAAUACGUUAACUUAAUAUACAACGUCACGCUUUUGACCCUCUACAACUAUUUUAAAUACUUAAAUGAGGGCAUCAAGGGGGGAAAGGGGUCACUCUCACUCCAAGGGGGAGAACAAAUGGAGGAGGGAAACGAUGUGACCGCGAUACCCCCGCACGUAGACGUCAGUGAAACAACAUUGAAGGGAAGCAAACGCAGCAGUGAAAAGAGCGAACCGCGUGAAAGCGUAACGAAUGAAUAUAACGAGGGUAAUUCGCUUAGAAAAAUCAUGCAAAACUGCCGGAACGGGUUGAAAUCAGACGUAGACACAGAACGCGCUGCACCAAAUAUACAUCAAAACUGUGAACGGAUGAAUAUCGCAAUCGGUGAAAAGGCCCCAAACCACCUGAACAACAAAAGGGAAGCGGAAGAUACGUCAACUUGGAGUGGAAGACAACAAUACAACCCGGCUCCCACUAACUGCUGCGACAAAUAUACCCACGAAAUCGUCCUCAGCUGUUACGUUUACCUUUUCAUAUUUUACCACUACAUAAGAGACACAAGAAAAAGGAUGAAGUCAGAAAUUCUAAGGAUACAAAAUGAUGUUAAAAAAAUGAUUACCUUAUUUGUUAAAAUAUAUGACAUAAAUAAAAAAGGCAGUGAUGAUGAGAACAGGGUCAUCGGUGAGUGCAGCAAGGACGGGAAAAGCGAUUUGCGCACCAGUCUAGGUAGUAGCGGGGGCACCACCAAGCCCAUGGCCGAUCCUGUACAUUCCCUAUAUUUUAACUUCAUACAGAUGAGCAAAUGCUACAAAGGUUGCGUAAAAAGGAAUUAUGAACUCAUCAAAUUGGUUCACAUGUUCCAUUUAUUAUUAAAACAUUUUUACAAAUACUUCCCCAUUUUGAAUGUAAAAAAUGAUAAGUGCAUCAUAUACAAUUAUUGCAACAAGCAUUUUAUACAUUACUCCAAAAGGGUUGAAAAAAAUGGACGCAUCGAAAAUGUAUUUUGUACAGAAGAAAAAAAUAGACAAAAGGGAAAUGGGAACCUCCCUUUGGACGUCUUUAAAAAUGUGAAUGAUUACGAUUUGGAUUUUUUUUACUUCCAUGAAAAGGAGAACGGCGAAGAGGACAUAAUCAAAGAUGUAGUGCAGACCAAGGAAGAGGAAACUUUUGACCAUUUAUUUCGAGCCGGUGAAGGGGACAAAGUUUCAUCUCCACAAUUUUCCCCGGCCUGUGCGGGAAAGCAUCCCUUAAGCGAGAGCGAAGGAAAAAAUGAGCACAAAAGUGAGAAAAAAAAUGAAGAGGAAAACGAUGAGUCAGGUACCAUGGAACCCUCGAAGGGUGUGUUCCUAAAAUGCAUUAACGAUGGCCUGGAUGCUCUUCUGAUUAACGCUGGCAUGGAAUUGGGGGGCACUCCUGGGAAAACGCAGCAAGAUGGAUACACCUCAAUAGAGCACAACUCAAGCAGUGGCGAUAUUUGCGGUCUGGACGCUUCUCACAAUGAUGCACAUUUUGCGACCCUCAGAAAAAGCCCCAUACUGCAACUUUUAAGGUGUAACAAAAAAUUGUAUCACAAAAUAGCUGCCGCCAUGGAAACUUUCACCAGCAGCAAAUUGGAAGGAACAAUAAAAAAUUGCUUACAUGACUUGAACAAAUAUAAUAAGAUCACUCUGGAUAUCUACGACGAUAGCAUUUUCGAUAUUCAAUACAAAAUUGAAAGAAAGUCCACACAAGAGAGUGAAGAGUCAGUUAGAAACAAAAAGCUAUUACAAGUGAAAAUAUUUUUGGACUAUGAAAAACUGUAUACAAAAAAAACAGUUGAGACACAAACACCUGUUUCUUUCUUUAGAAAAGAAAAGGUCAUUCAAAUUCCAAAGGAUGAAGGAGUUUCCACAACAUCGGAACAAUACAUACAGACGAAAAGGGUGGCGAAUCCAAUUUUUUAUUUGAAUGAUAUAUACGAUUAA